AAAAAAUAGCUUUUAUGAGUAUACGAAAAAUCACCCUUAAUCGGAGCAUGGUAUUCAUGUCUAUAUAUAUAAUAUAUAUACAGAGCAUUGUCGAGUUAAAUAGUAAUAGCAGCAGCAGUAAGUAGAGCAGUGGCAGCAGUAACUAUAAAAGCAAUAAAAUCAUCUCUCUUUACUAUACGUUGUGAGAGAUGAUGUUCAAGUACCAUCGUUGCCGUAUAGUUGAACAUGAAAGCCAUAUGAAGUAUGGUUCGUUCACCCAAAAUGGCAGCAAAAGGGCUGCUAGAAGGCCGGUCAUCAAAUUGUUUAAGAAAAUAUCGUAUAUUUUUUAUUUUUGUCGGUACAAUAAUGUGCGUACAAAUUUAUCUAGCGUAUUCCUUUUUUAAAUUAGAAAAUCAAGACAACACGUCAGUACAUUCUUCUGACGAGGUUAAUCCUGGAAAAAUUGACAGGAGUGAUGGUUUACCACAACAAUAUAAACAAUUAAAAUUACCGCCUGACAAAUAUGUGAAUAAUGGCAAUAGUAAUAAUAAAUUGCUGUCAAUUCAAAAUCGUACGGCUAAAAUAAGUAAAUUGGACAGAGAAUCAUUGAAUUUUGUCCCGAGUUGUGAUGUGACAGGUCGAGAAGCAAUAAGUGCUGUCACACGUGCACGCAGUCAAGCUUGCAAAGAAUUAAUAGUCAAUGUGUCAUGUUUGAGUCAACAGGGUGAACUUUAUCCUGAAAGAUUAUACUCAUCUUGUCCACAUUCACUUGGUUUUAUCAAAAGUCCUAAAAGUUUAGGAUGUUUUAAAGAUGAUAAAAUUCUAAGAAUUUUAUCUGAUUAUUAUAUCACUUUUAAAACAAAUAAUUCUCCAGAGACCUGUGCCUUUUUGUGUUUACAGUCUGGUUAUCCUUUUGCAGGAACUGAAUAUUCAACUGAGUGUUUUUGUGGAAUAGAUGAACCAUCUUCUGUAAAACGUUUACCAGACUCUAGUUGUAAUAUGAAAUGUUCGGGAGAUUCUAAGCAAUCAUGUGGUGGCUAUUUAGCUAUCAAUGUUUAUCGUACUGGUAUUCAAAAAUUUAAGGUACAAGAAGCAAGAAAUUCAAGUAUCAAAACUGGUAAAGAAAAACCAGCAAGAAUAGCUUUUUUAUUAACAGUUAAUGGACGUGCUAGUCGACAAGUUAAACGUUUAAUUAAUAUACUUUACGAUCCAUUACAUUUUUAUUAUAUUCAUGUUGAUGCAAGACAAGAUUAUAUGUAUCGUGAAAUGUUGAAAGUGGAAAAAGUAUGUCGAAGAAAAAAUAUUAAAGUUGCAAGAGGUUUAAACCUACGGCAUGCAAGUAUAUGGGGUGGAGCUAGUCUACUAACAACAUUAUUGACCUCAGCUCAACAAAUGUUGCAACAUUCACAGCAUUGGGAUUUUUUGGUAAAUUUAUCAGAAUCAGAUUUUCCAAUAAAAAGUAACAAACAUUUAACUGACUUUCUAACGUGGAAUAGAGGAUAUAAUUUUGUUAAAUCACACGGCAGAGAAGUUCAACGAUUUAUAUCAAAACAAGGUCUCGAUAAGACAUUUGUUGAAUGUGAGGCGCGAAUGUGGAGGUUGGGUGAUAGAAAAUUACCCAAAGGUAUACAAAUUGAUGGUGGUAGUGAUUGGGUAGCACUGAGUCGCGAUUUUGUUGAAUAUGUUGCUGAUUCUCAACCUGAUGAUCUUGUUACUGGUUUAUUAAAAAUAUUUCAAUACACAUUACUACCAGCCGAAUCAUUUUUUCAUACUGUUCUCCGAAAUUCUAAGUUCUGUGAUACUUAUGUUGAUAAUAAUUUACACGUCACUAAUUGGAAACGCAAAUUAGGAUGUAAAUGCCAGUAUAAAGCCAUCGUUGAUUGGUGUGGUUGCAGUCCUAACGAUUUUAAAUCUGAUGAUUUUACUCGGAUACGAAAUACUGAAGAUCGUAAUUUAUUUUUCGCUCGGAAAUUUGAACCAGUUAUCGAUCAACGUAUCAUUGAUAAAGUUGAACAAUGGCUUUAUCCAGACAAAUACAACGAUAGUAAAUCAAAAAAAGGUUACGAUAUGUAUUGGCAAAAUUUGUAUCAUCAAGCAGAUUUAAGUCCAACAUGUGACGAUACACUUCUGACUAUUUCAAAUUCAUUAGCAAGACUUACUUACGCUAAAUUUAACGUCAAUUCAACUUAUAUUCGUCUUUUAGAAACAACUGCGUUCUUUAAAAAUAAUAAAUUUAAUGGUAUUUUAAUAUUAGCCGAGUUUAAUAAUGCAGUCAAAGCUUAUGAGACAACUAAUUUAUUAAUUAAUAAUAAUAAUAGUAGUAGUAAUAAUAAUAAUAAUAAUUUCCCAGAGCGUAUUGAAGCAUUAGUUACAUUGAAACGUAAUUAUACUGUAAAUAAAGCGUGGUCUGAGCGCAUAAACUGGAUAUCAGUAAAUACAGAUUAUGAUCAAAAGGAACAAACAUUUAGAAAUUUUAUGGGUAGUAUUGGUCCAGUAUCGUCGCCAAUUUUAGCUUACGAAUUUGAUUUAUCUCUAGUGACACCGAGGAAUUUAACAGUACUGUGGAUUAAUCCCAGUGGGAGUUUAGUUGAUGUUAAUUAUUUGCAAAUUGAAGAGUCAUCAUUGAUUGGUUCUGUCAAACCACAACUUGAUGAACCAUUGGCUAUUGGAAAAUGGAAUGUUUUAUUGAUUGCUGAUACGGUGUUAGCUGCUCAGUUAACAUUCUUUGUAACUCCACUUGAAUAUUGGAAGAAUCGUAAAAUUACAUCUAAAAAAGCGCGGGAAAUUCAUAAUGGAUUAAUUAAUGGCAAUAAUAAAUCUGAUCGUUUGCCGCGGGAAAUAAAUCGCAGAUGGUUAGAUAUCAUAAAAGACAGUGGAUUAUCUCGUAGUAAUGAUAAUAAUUACAAUGAAAACAAUAAUAAUAUUAAAAAUAAUAAUAAUGAAAUUAAUGAGAGAUUAGGACUGGAUUUAAAUAAAUGGAUUGAUGAACUUGUAAGACAGUAUUACUCUAUUGAUGAUGUGUGUAUCGUUAGUAAAGGUCAGUUACGCAAUAAAAUUAAUAAUAAUAAUAAUAAUAAUAAUAAUUUAAAACAAUGUUAUCAAACUAAUUGGAGCUCUAUGAGUCCUGAUUCUAAGGCUGAUCUUUAUAAUUUAUGUGAAAAAUAAUUAAUUACUAUAUUUAUUAUAAUGAAAACGCCAUUCACGUGCCAUCAUCAUAAAAUCAACAAUAAUUUUAAACUAUUAUCAUUUACUGUUAACGAACAAACGAUAAAUUAAUAUAAAUUUAACAAAAAUAAUUAAUCGCCUUUGUAUAAUAAACGGUAAAUAUUUUUGUAAUGAA